GCGUGCGUGGUGAGUCCUAGUUGAUGUUGGUGCGUUGUCGAAAUUGGACGUGGGUGAAUCAAACGGGAAAAACGGUUAUUUUUUGGUUGGUGUGCUGACAACUGAUUCGGUAUUAAUACGCGUCCGCGACGUUGACGACGGCAGAGUUCUUAGCGCAGCGUUCGUGUCUUGUGUACCGAUGAGGCGAGCAUUAUUGGUUAUUAAGAAAAUUAAAUAUUUGCCUGUUAAUUUUUUGCGUGUCGCCGGGCUUAUGGCGGAACUGUGUUGAAAAAUAAAUAUGUAUGUACAUAUUCGUCUAGAGUCUAGACUAUAAGUAUACUUAUGUACAUAGAAUACAGGCGAAUCGAAUAAAAGAGAAAAGUGAAAACGACUAUAAAAAAUAAACAAAUGUUAUUGAAAGCAAAGUUGUGUGUAUGUGUGAAAUAGAAAGAGAGUUUAGCUUUGGAGAAAGCAUUUGAAGUCGGAAAGGAAAUAACACCAGAAAUAGUUAUUUAAUAUUCUUGAAAUUAAAACGAAACUAAUCGGUAGAAUCAAUUGGUUCUUUAGUUCUCUGAAAAAAGUUAAAAAAUCACAUUAGUAUGUGAAAUAUCUUGGAAAAUUUGAAAAUGUUCUUGUGAAAAAAACUAAUAAUAAAAGCGUUUCAUCUUAGUAAAUAUUUAAAUAAAAAUAUUCCACCUCAAUAUGCAAGUAUUGUGUGUGAUUUAGCAUCAAUACACCAACAAAUAAUAACAAAACGAAUAUAGAAAAAUAAUAAAAAUAUUCUUACAUAAGUUUGUGUACGAAAAUUAUCGCCAUAAAUACUUUUGUUCUAAAAAAGUACAUCUGGUGUAAUCAGUGUUGGAAGUUAUUGCAAGUAAAGAGGAAUCGCAAAAAAAUAAAAGCAAAGCUGAAUAUAAGAAAUUACUCAAACGGCUUAGGAUUACUAAAAAUUUGUACAGCGAAUUAACAGUGUGCUUAAAUCAUCGUAAGCUGCUACACAACUGUGCGUCAGAGGAGUGUAAAAUUUCUGUGUUGAAAGAAAAAUUACUGUACGAGCAUCAAAUGAAUUUUAAAUGUUGAAACAAUCAGUUUUAAUCUAAAAUAAAGUGCGAGAAUAAAGUGUGAAUACCGUAAAAAAAACACGAAACGAAAAUUAAUAUAUGAGGUCGCUUUCAUUCACUCACCGAUAAAAUGUGCAGCCCUGGGUGAUUAACAAAAGGAAUUAAAGCAGUGAAAUGAAAAAUAUAUAAAUUUAUCGACAUCACAAUAAAAUUUGUAAAAAAGGUAAAAAUAAAAACAAAUGGCAUUUUGCUCGAAAUCCCAUUCCCAUUCGUAACAUAAAAAUCCACUCAUGCCAUACCAUUCGGAUUAACACAUCACAGGCGAGUGGCAGUGGCGCAGUAGGAGUUAGUGGGCAUGCAACAAAGCUCCUUGUGUAGAUACACACUACAUAUAUACGCAGCAUCGAGUUAUCCACAUACCCGAUUCGCCCGCAUUCGAUUUGGUGCACGGAAAUUGCUCGCUUGUCACCGGUUAACAAAAACUUCAUUUAUCACACACCAAUCAACGUUUAUUCACCUGGAAAAUACGUACUAAUUUUCAAACAGUUGGCAAUAAAAUCGCUGAUUGCGAGGAAUGUAAUUGCUCCGCUUUGCUAAAUAAGUUCGCAGUUUUGCGCUACGACAGCAGUCGACUUUGCCUGUGUCUUCUCAGACUCUUCUGCCACCACUUCGCAUACGCAACCUCCUGCACUCUUACUUUUGCCAACUAAAUACUAAAUACUAAAAGUAUUGCGCUCAGCGCAAAGUUGCUCCUUUACCAAAGACGUUUCCCCGCCGCUUCUACGUUUACACUCUCUCAACAAACAACUAUAGAAAAAGGACGACGAGGGAGAUUGAAAGCGCAAACGAAACGAAGUUCAACAAAACUGGAGCAGUUCAUAGUUUUGGUUAUUUACAAAUCUUGUUGAUUUGUUGAUUUCGAGAAAAGUUGUAUCAUUAGCAAAUCAGGGCAGGAGCCGAAAAGACGACAACCGCAACGCCAAAGGAAGUGAACAAAUACACAUAAACAGAAAAGCGAAGUCACUAAGAAAUUGGGAAAAGGACGGAAGUGGUGGAAUUAGGAAGGAAAAGUUUGCGCAGCAACAAAAGUUGACCAGCAGAAGUUACGAGGAAUAAUGACAUCAAGAAUGGUAGGUUUAGUAGCGGAGGAAAAUUCAAUUGUGUUGUAGUUGGUACUAGCAGCAAAAUCGAAUCAUCAGAGUAAACACUGGGGCCAUAAUAUCAAGACAAGUACGAGGACAAACCCGCCAGCAACAGCAAUAAAAAAGAGGCGCACGCCAGCAUAAUCUUAGUAGAAAAUAAACCAAGAAAACUAACAACAUCAACAUCAAUGUAGAAGUAGAAGUGCCGAAAGAUGGACAACGGCAAAGAUCAAAGCAUUAAACAGCUAAAGAAAUUAAAAAGUUGAAGGAUAAGUAAAAGAACCUAAGAAGAAGGCUAAGAGUAAUCACAAGAAGUAAGAAGCCAGAAGCAUCGCUGUAGUCUCACCAUCCGCGAAAACAUCUGCAACACAGGCCAAGUCAAAAGACUUGUGCAACACUAGAGCAGCAGCAGCGGCGGUGUCGGCGUUGGCAGCUGUGGCGCCAAUACAGCACAGGAUAAUGUGCGCGCUGACUGUCAAGCCGCAUAAGCAAUGCCACAAAUGGACGGAGGAGCAAUGUGAUGACAGCAGAAACAGCAAUAUCAGCAACUACAACAAUAUCAAUGAUUAUGACGAGGAAAAUGUUCAACAGCAAAUUCAGGAACCAAACCAACAAUUGCAACAAACACUCGUGCUUGAAUCAAUGUUGGGAAGACAACACCAACGGAAACAGCGUGACAAAAGGCAAUGGCAGUCAAUGUGCAGCACGCGCCGUCGAGCAGGAAUCAAGUGGAAAAUUAUAAUAUCAACAAUAAUUUUGCUAUUAUGCCGCAUAAGUCACGUGCUCGCCAUUCGAAAGGGUCGUCUCAUGUCCCCAAGCUCAUUCACUGCCUUAAGCGGAGAUCUUCAUGUGCAGAUACAAUUCAGCGGUGAAGAUGUGGCGGCUGCCGUUGCACUCGGUAAUGGUGCUGUGGGCGUGAUAGGAGAUGGGAUUGAUGGCGGCCAUGAAGUGCCGGCUGAUGGAGCAAACGUGGAAAGCACGUCGACAGGAACAACAACGGGCCGAACGACAACGACUACAGCACGCACGCUGAAUCCAUUAGAUGGGAUGAGUUUUCGUCAAGUGGGUGGUGGCAUUGGUGGAUUGGGUGCUGUGGAGAAUACCAUUACAAGCACUUUGGUAAUUAGUAAAAUCAUUGAUGAUUUUGCGGAUACUAUGGAGACGACGACCAGGAAUGAUACAGCCACAUAUGCGUCAUCCAUGGAGAGUGCACAGUUCAAUGGCAGCUUAACGAGCAUAUCGAGUGCGGAAGUAACAACGCCAUCAGCGUCUAAUGACACCCACAAUCUGCUUGAUGCAACGAGAGUGUUGCACCGCAAGCGCAAAGAAAUUGUUCAGAAUAUUCCUGUCUUCCCCGAUCCGCGAAACAAUGUCACACAAAUAUCCGUGCCCUGUCAGACAUUCACACGCGGUGGUCUCUACGAAAUGCAGGUUGUCACCAACUUAAAAUCAACCGCGACCGUGUCUAACGUCAAUAGCAGUGCUCAUGAACCGCUACCCACGAUGACCACGACUACGUUGAUGCCCGUCGUCGAUGAGCGCUUGCGUCAAACACUCGACGUCCGAUGGCCCAGCGCUGACAUGCAAGUGGAGCCGACACGCUUGCGCACCUACCCCGAGCAGCCGGUUGUGGUGACGUUGCGCUUUCCGGAGGUGAAUUGUGAGCGCGCAUGGCAUGAGAGCAACUCACUAGAUUUGCCGCAAUUUUGGCUGGAGCUUAUCUAUUGCGGCAAGCAGCGUAACUGCAAUGAAGUGUUGCCACAAAACAUCAGCAAAUCGAGUAUCUUGUAUAUGGAACAAGUGCGUGGCUAUCCCAAGCAUAAAGCUGUGCAUCUGGGCUGCGAACUUUUUGGUUUGGCCGGUAAUUACGCAGUGCAGCUGCGACCGAUGGUGCCGGCGCCGAAUGUGCCCAUUACGCGUCGCUUUCUCAGCGUUGACUGGAGUGAUAAGUUUGUUUUUAAUGUUUACGCGCGUAGCAUUUUCCCCUGCGACCCACAUACGGGCAUUGGUGUGCUAUAUGAAUAUCCGUCUUGCAUACUCGAGCAGGGUGACCGGGUGCGCGUUUUUGCAAAAUUGCGCGCGGAUGUGGCGUCACUUAAGCCGCCUACAACAUUGCACUACGUGGCUGAACAACGCGUGGUGAAGAGUCAUCAUUCGCUCUACUUUAGCUGUGAGCUGUUCACUGAGAAAUUUGUGGAGUACUGCUUCGUCUAUGUAAGCCAGGCUAUUUCCGGGGCAGUAGCUGAUGUACGGAUGGACUGCGUGCCGACAUUACCAGUUAGCGACUCCGACACUGGCGGCUGGGGACCGUGGAGCGAAUGGACACCAUGCUCGACGAAUUGUCUAGGUGGCACGCGUAAUCGCUAUCGGUUUUGUGACUCACCGCCACCGCGAUAUGGCGCAAAGUUCUGUGAAGGUCCCUCGGUGGAGACCGAGAAAUGCGGCAAAGCCAUCGCUGAUACUUGGGAUUGCAUUUACGAAAGCAGUGGAGCAACUUUUACUGCCGCCAAUCGUACAGAGGUCAGCCAAGAGAUCGGACCCGGCUGUCGUUGCGGCUGCAUUGUACACUUGGGCUCGUCGAAGUCAAAACGCAUUUUGGCCGGUGCCACACAAAGCUGUCCAGGUCGCUCAUUUUGGCUUAUACAGGUGGAUGGCGAGGAGAAUAUUGCGCUGAGUUUGAACUUUUUACGAUUACCCUGUCCGGCGCAGUACAUCAAAGUACGUGACGGUCCGUCGCUCUCAUCGACGCUGCUCAUUGAAUUGAACGGCGGAAGUAAUUUAAAUAUGCCAACACAAAUAGAAUCGAGUGGCGCGCAAUUGUUGCUGGAAUUCUAUGCAGGCGAGGCGAGUGAAGUGGCAGUGGCGCUCAACAAGAAUAACAACAACCAAACGGGCGAUGGACGUGUGGGAGGCGGUAUUGGUGAUGUGGUCGGCGGUAGCGUAAAUGCCGCUUGCACUGGUGGCUUUCUGGCGAAUGUUGAACAAAUUUCGCGUAAUGACACAACAACUUUGUUUGCCGCAGCCACCAGCAGAUUGUCGGCUAAGAAUCGCAGUAUUUUGCAAAAGCCAAAAUUUAGUCGUACGAAUUUUACGUUGGUCCACUUGAGCGCGGUGGUCUUUGCCAGCAUCAUUAUCUUGAUCAGCGCCCUGUUGGGCGCGCAAUAUGUUGUACGUUAUCGCAAAUACCAUUUGGCAGUAGCGCGUCGCAGAGAUGAGGGCUCCCGCUUGCAUACGCCACGCGCAUCCAUGAGCUCCCUACAUGGUCCUCCAUCACGCGCCAUUUCGACAACAACACUGCUAUCUGAGGUCAUAUAUUUGGUGAAAAUGCGUCCGAAGCAUCAGUUACGUCACUCCAUACUGCGGGAGAGCGUCGAUGCUGAAAAUUUGGCACGCGAUACGGAAUUCAAUGACCCCGAAGAGGAGGAAGAAGAAGAGGAUGCACAAACGAUGACACGCAUGGUAAAGUGCGAUGAGGAGCGCGGUAGUAACGCUUCUGUAGUCACCUUGCGCAAUGAAGUUCCGCAAUCCCCUGAGUCCGUGAGUGGUCUUAGCCGUUCCCCUUCGCUAGAUGAGGCCUUAGGCUCGACCACAGCCGCAGGUGAGACGAGCGGUAUUUGUAGUGGCACAUUGACACGCAAGGACAGCGGCAAGGACACCGAGUCAAUCAUUUCUUCGGGCAUGAGCUCGAUUUGCGCUAGCCCGCCCAUUGUACACUCGGGCCGCUUUAAUCGCUACGGUCCUUCAGGUACGCUUAUGCCCCACCCAUCGCAACGCUUGGAAGAGACGACACUCAGUGAUCGCGAUUCAAUUCGUUCGUCGUUGCGCGACUAUGUGUCACGUUGUGCGAGCGCAUCGUUGACAAAUGGUUGCUAUUCGCCCGCCGCGAGCGUCGUCAGCACGGCCAACAUACGCACCACCAAUGCCAAGGAGAGCAAAGACAAGCAGAAUCGCAAAAAGUUACUUGCACGCCCCGGCUCCGAGUUUUCGCUGGGCAAUCAGGAAGAGCUCGAGCUUGACUAUUACGACUACAAUGUGAUAAACGCCGGCGCUGCACCGGGCUCCUACUUGGGUAUGGAUCCCGCACAACUUAUUUGGGUGCCACCGCUUGAGGUAAUAACAGAUCUGCACGACGAGGAUGAUAAAACGCCUGAGCCCACGCACGAGCCCGAAGAGACUGAACCGCUUUAUGAGGAGAUCAAAAUGCCGCGUUACGGGCAUUAUUUGAGCGCGCGUAGCAACACAGAAUCGAGCGCUAACACCACCAGUAAUACGACACCCUCAUCCGAUGAACUAUCGCCUUUGAGCAGCCAUUUGCAAUCCAAAGCGACGUCCCCCACUGCCGAAAUGAAUCUAAAGAAUAAUCUAAUGCAGCAGACCAUAUCCACAACAACUGGCAGUAAACAGCCAACACCGUAUUUCUCGCGCAAACAACGCCGACAAUCCAAGCAGCAGUCGAGAUCUACUUCAUCGUUGCGUAGCGGUGUCCGCGAUGUAAUCAUACCCUUACAGAAAUUAAGCGGCACGAAGUCUGCCCGAAAUAUACGCACUUCUCCCACCGCGCCAGAGGAUAUCGAAGCGGCGCGUGCGACACCACGUUGCUCACCUGUUAUUCCCGAGGCAUUGGUCAAUUCUAUAACCGACUCCAUGGCUGAGUCCAUGACAGGUUCCUAUGUGGAGAAAGAGACUGUGGUGGAGAAGAAAACGCCGCCAGAGUUAAGCGAUGGCCUACUGGGCUUAGACGACAUACAAUAUGCCGAUGAAAGCGAAAGCGAUCACGAUCUAUCCAGCAAGAAGAAGAGUAAAUACGACCAAGUCAGUACGGAAGGUGAUACACUCAAGCCGCGUGUGUGCAACUUAGCGGUAGCGGCAAAGUUGAAGCGUGUUAGCGCCGAUAGUGCAAUAUUGGAGAAACGCGGUCUAGUCAGAGAGCCAAGCUCGUAUCGCAUCGAAACGAAUGUAUGAGUUAUAAGAAAUUGGAAUUGUUUUGUGGUGUCGCAUAGACGCCAACGAGCUGAGCUCAUAAUGAUUUGAGAAGUUACAUUAAAUGCAUGCAUAAAUACUCGUACAUUGGUAAGCGUAAAGGGAAGUAUACAUACAUAUAAGCUAAAGUUAGCUGGAUGUUGUUCCAUUAAUUAUAAAUUACUUGUAUAGUUUUUCUUGUACAUACACAUAGUAGUUAUACAUUAAGGAAUAGUAUUUACCAAACAAAAACAAUUAGAUGUGUAUUGUACUGAAAUAGUGUAAAAUGGCGUUUUCUAAGUAAAUACACAAAUCAUAUAAAAUACCUAAUGACCACAAUGUUUACAUACAUAUGCAUACAUACAUAUUACAAUUAAUACAUACAUAUAAGUACUAACAUAUGUAGUAAAAAGUAGCUACUAAAUGUCUGCCAGUUUAUAAAUACUGAAAUGGUCUUCAGUGGAGUGGAGGUAAAUGAAAAAGACAGAUAAAUAUGUAUCGCACUGGCGCGUACCUACAUAUAUUCCUGCCAAACAUUUGUUUUUAUGAAAAUUACUUUUAUUUAAUAUAUUUACAAUACCCAUGUUAUUAAGCCUACAUGUACAGGCGCAUUUUAUUUCUGAGAAUCCAAACUUACCUCUUUUAUUAUUGCAAUAAAAUCAUUGCUAUUCCUUCUCAACUUCUACGCAGCGUACGAGUAUUUAAGCCUAGCGAUUGUAACACUGUCUUAAAUUUCACUAUAUCCGAAGAUAAAAUAUUCCGAAAACCAUUUAAAAAAAUAUAAUUUAGUUUGAAUAUUUACACACUUUUUAAAAAUAUAUAUUUUGGGGGUUCCAUUAAGCUCGAAAAUUGGCUUCAAUUGGCCCAGAAUCGGAUUUAAUGGAGAGUCCACUACUCUAAUGACUUUUUUGCUAAGCUAAGUUCUAGAACAAGUGUCCCCCCGGAAAUGUGUAGAUUUUUCCUCGUCUUUGCUUCUAAAGAAAUUGUUAUCUGAGAUUGCAAACUUUGAUGUCAUGUAGCCAAUGGUCCAGUGUCCCGUUAGCAUUCCGAUUUUGAGAGUCUUUGCAAACUACGUGUCCAGCACCAACUAACGGCUUGUUAAUUAAACCAUGAAUUAAAGAAUAUUCUCGGAAAUCAAAUUUACCUCCACUUACACUGGUUACCAUACAAUUUUUUGCUACAUUUCCUGAAAACUUAAGAAAACCUAAACAAAUCUGUUGAAGCCUGCAUUCACUAACUUCGUACCUAUUUGCCCUCUAUGAAAAUUAGCUAUUAGUUAAUAAAUACGUUCUUACGUGUAGAAUUAAAAAAAAAAGUAUAUCAGCAAAUUAAAUACUUAAAAAAUUGAUUAAAAUUAAUGAAAUUAUGCAAGUAAGAUACAAAUUAUAAAAACUAGAAUUAAAAUUAACCUAUAUACAUACAUAUAUACAUAAAGUUAGCGGUAAUGAGUUAUGAGAAUCAAAAAAUUAACUACUAAAAUAAGAAACUGUUUUGAAUUUAUUGAAUGUGUUUAAAAAAUAGCAUGAAUUUAAUUUUGUUAAAAUUUCCGUCAUUAUUACAAAACAAAGUUAUGUAUACUAAAAAAAAUACCAAACUGUAAUAAUAAAAUUCGGCUACAAAAAUGUUGUAUAUUUCAUCGCUUUUUUGGAUUUAGUAGCUCAGUUUACAAUUGUUUAAAGUACUUAUCCACAAAAAUUUGCGGCCUUGUGAUUUUAAUUUAAAAGCUAAUACAUACAUGGAAAUGUUCUAGUCAAUUUUAUUUUACUUAAAUUUAAGUUAUUAUUCAUAAGCACGCUUAAAAAAAAAUAUCUGUAAUACACAAUUAAAAAGAAACAAAUAAAAUCAAUAACUACCAUUUAGUAUGCAAAAUAUUACCGAUAUGUAAAAUGUAGCGAAUAGCGUGUUUUUAAUUAAACAAAUUAGGUUUUAGAUAUUUGCAAUUGUCGCCGUAUACAUACCUAUAUUUUACUCACAAUGAGUUGCUUUUAACCGUGUAGAAAUUUUAUUUAUUUUUAGUUUUUUUUUAAAUAUGUACAUGCAUAUGAGCAUACAUAUAUGUACAUAUGUAUGUGUGUAUGCUAAUUAAGUAUGUAAUACGUAAAAGAUGUAAAUAAUUUUGACAAACAUGCAUACAUAUAACUUACAUAUGUAUGUAUGUACAUACGUAUGUAAAAUUACACACAAAAGUAUUAAUGCUGAAUAAAUACAAUAUUUAUUGAUGAAAUAAAUAAACAAAAAAAUUAA